AUGGCUACCUCCAACAGCAACUCCACCGUCAGUUACUAUCCAGGAAGAAGGCAGAGGCUAUUUAUAAUCGCCACUGAUUGUUAUAACAAUAAUGGACUCUGCACUAAGACGGAAAGUGAAAUGUAUUACACAUGGAAGGAUUUGGUAGCUGAUGCAAACUACGAAGCCCAUGUUGAGUGUCGUUGGCCUGGUGGGAAUGUGACAUCAAUGGUGAUGAGGCUUGCUAGGAUAGCAGAUGAGGCUGAGGAUGACAUUUUGGAAUACAUGAGUGCGUGUAGCUCUCGAUGCUACUCAUACAGAGUCAAACUAGGAGGGAAGGGUCCAGGCACCAAGGUAAAAACGUUUUUCCUACUGUGUCUAUCAGUAAGGUGGGGCAUUGACCUUUCCAAGAUGAUUGUGUUUGUAGGGGAAAGAGGAGAUACAGACUAUAAAGACUUGCUAGUUGGUAUCCACAAAACUGUAAUCCUAAAAGGUUCUGUGGAAUAUGCCAGCAAAACGCUACUUCACAGUGAAGACAGUUUCAAGAGGGAAGACGUAGUCCCCCAAGAUACCCAUAGCAUAGCCUUACCUGAAGGGUAUGACAACCCUGAUAUCUCCACAACCUUGGAGACUCUUGAGAUCAUUUAA